AUGUAUUCCACUACAUUCAAACAGUAUUGGCUACCAGAGAAGAAAGGCUUCGACUCCCUGCAAUUGAGAACUGUUCCAAAAGAGUCACCUCAGCUUGGCCAGAUCUUGGUCCGCAUCAAAGCUGUCUCUUCGAACUGGAGAGACGGUAUUGUAGCCAUCGGCACUUAUCCGUUUCCCGGUCCCGACGCCCUUGUUCCUGGAAGUGAUGGUGCAGGCAUCGUCGAAGCGAUUGGGGACGGUGUGACUGAGUGGAAAGUGGGUGAUCGUGUAGUCGCCAACUUCACACAAGAGCACAUCGCGGGUCGUCUCACCCGAGAUGUUGGCUUGACCCAGUUGGGCGGCGAAGCGCAAGGCCUUCUCGGGGAGUACUUCAUCUUCCCACAGACAGGCGUCGUCAAGAUUCCAGACUACCUAUCCUUCGAAGAGGCUUCUUGUCUCCCAUGUGCCGCUCUGACGGCUUGGAACGCCCUUUAUGGACUAACUCCUUUACGGCCUGGCCAGACCGUUCUUCUGCAAGGUACCGGAGGAGUUUCCACGUUUGCGCUGCAGAUCGCACACGCUGCUGGAGCCAGGACCAUCGUGACGUCGUCAUCUGAUAACAAACUGGCCAAAGCGAAAGAGCUUGGUGCAACGUAUGGGAUAAACUAUAGCAAGACUCCUGACUGGGCUGCAGAAGCUAUGAGAAUCACAAAUGGCAAGGGUGUCGAUCACAUCAUUGAGAUCGGAGGGACCUUGACACUCCAAGCUUCUUUUGAUGCGAUUGGAUUCAAUGGCCAGAUUCACUGCAUCGGACACAUCACUAAUCCUGAUCCGCUGGGUGCGGGCAAAGACCUUCGAGGUCCUGAUGCUGCUUUCCUCGCGCUGGACCGUCUCUGUAUUGUUCGAGGUGUUGUGGUAGGAUCAAGGGAGCAGUUGCAGGAUAUGUUGGACUGUUUUGAAGCCAACAAGAUUCGACCGGUCAUUGACCGUGUGUUUUUGUUUGAAAAUGCUAGGGAGGCGUAUGAUCACCUUUGGAGCUCUACGCAUACCGGAAAGGUUGUUAUUCAGAUUCCAUAG